CAAUACACUGAAAAACAUGUCGUGAUCGUUUGAAUCUUGUCUUUAUUGAAUUAAAAAAUAAGUGAAGAUGAGUGACGUCAGGUCUAGAUUGAAGAAGUCAGUCUCCAGGGAUGGGGUGUCCAGCAGCAGCUCCAGUACUUCCUCGUUCUCAUCGGAUGACAGCAGUGACAGCGAUGGGGACUUGAAGCCGAUCAAGGAUUACCUGUCAAAUCGCACAGAAGUGGCAAAACAAUUAUUCAAAUCAGUGAAAAUAGAGAAACUUAGGAUGAUGUUGCCACAGGUCUUGAAGAAGACGGAGUUGAGUGAGUUGGAGGAAUGGUGUGCGAGUGAGCUGUGUGGUAUGUCAAAAACUCGAAUAUUAUCAAUUUUAAACGGUACACCGAUGUCAGGUUCCUCUGACACGAGCGAUUCGGAUGGCUCUGGGCCAUCCCUAGAGAUCAUAUCAGACACUGAAGAAUGGUUAACGGAUGACGAUCCGAACGUUAAGCAAGAGCCCCUGUCGCCAGGCUCAAAAUCGAAAAGAGCCAAGACAAAACGAAAAUCCAAAGCUCCAGGAAAACCUCGCAGAGGUAGAGUCCGAGUGGACCCUCACAUCAAGAUAAAAGAGGAGAAGCACAAGAAUGAGGAAGGAAAAAAGGAAGGAGAGAGCCUGUUAGACCUCCUGGAGCUGGAAAUGAGAGCUCGAGCAAUCAGGGCCCUCAUUCGCAAGGAGGAGGACAUAAUCCCGACCCCAGACUCAGACCAGAAACUGGCCUCGAACAGGAGUGCCUUGAAAGCCACCCUCAACUCAGUUUUAACAGUCAAGAAUAAAUCCCACGUUGAGGUCUCACGUCUUUCCUUGGAGACAUCGCAGACUCUAGUGGAAAAAAUAGGUGAAGAUGAGGACGUCGUGAUGCUGGUGAGACCCACACCGACGAUCGAGCUGAUAUCCAGUGACAGUGAAUCCGAGAAUCUCAACGAACGCGUGAAUAAGAAACUCGAGAGUGAAAGAACACCCGAGAAGAAGCCCCGGGAAACAGUUGCCCCACGUGUGAACACUGAGGGUGAACCCGAGCCAACCAAGAGUGCAGAAAUACGUAAAGGAAUGAAUGAAGAUUCCAGGACCAGUGGGAGUUUGAUUCGCGAGAUUACAGAAGUCCCCAAGGAGUCGGGGAAACAGACCUUCAGAAAAUUAAAGAGGAGACGUCAGUUACGAGUCAGAAGUGAUUCAGAAUGUCCUGGAGCAACAGAUGUUGUAUUAGAGGCUGCUAACAGGGAGAGGGAAUCCGAGCCCCUCGAGGAGGGAGAACUCGGGUCAUCUGAGGAGGCAAAAAAUGAGGAGGGACCUGAUAAAGUUAUUCGAGAGGAGCUGGGGAAAUUCAAGAAGAACGAUUCUCAGGGUGAUGAUAAAUUGAAGGAGUUCGAGGAGAUUAUUGAUCUGGAUGAUUAUCCCGAUGACAUGUACAAUAUUGAACCUGAAGAGAGUGUUCCCCAGGCUAGGGAUAAAUCUGGAGAGAAAUCUGUAGAGCUUCAGGGAUCCAAGAGGUGCAGCGAUGAGACAUGGGCCACUCGUUAUUAUCAGACUGAUAAUGUACAAAAUGUAAUUAAGGAGUCGAAAAUUCAAUCUGAGAUAAGGAAGCGGCUGAGGGAACGGCAGAGACUUUCCAAAUUGAAUAAUUCACCCAAAGAAAGUCCGAGGGUAAACGAGGAUAAUGAUGAGAAAGAUAAAUUCAAACCGACUGGCUCUGUGGAUGAGUACUUUGCGCUCAAGGGGUCCAUCAAUAGUUGUGAUGGUAAUUCUCCUUCGCAAACCAGUGAAAUUAAAAAUUCCAGUGAAGGUCAAGUGAAGGGAAAUCCUGGAGAAGUUGGGGAGCCUGCUCGGGAUUCUCCAGUUAAAGACUCAGGGGAUGGGGCUAAUGUCGAGGGAAAUCAUUAAUUUUAGAUAAAUUUUUAUUCUAAAACCUGAGGAGACUUUAUUACACGUUAAUUGACUCGUUGUGUAAGUGAAUUGCUGUGUUAUAUUACUGGAAAAUGCGUUAUGAAUGCAGAGUAGAAAGUUACGAGGCAUAAUACUAAGAUCAUUCAUUAUUACUUUCUCGGUGUAAUGGCAGGUUUUUUUUCUAAUGGAAACGUAAUGUGUUACGACGGCUAAUGACAAUUGCUCGGUUUUGUAAGAAGAAUGAGAAAGAAAUGAGAAAAAAAGGGAAAAUAUUAUUGAGGGGGUAGGAG